UCGUACCUUAUUAUAAGGCGUACCAGUUGAAAAAAGUUUUUUUUUUUCGAUUUAAAGAUAUUCAAUUUAAUAAAUUAAAAGACUAUGGAAACAAAAGACUUGGAUUUCAAGAAAGAUCACAUCAAAGUUUUUGUUCGUUUAAAAUCUUCAUCUUGGAACGAAAAUCAAAUAUACAACGUUACAGAUCGCAAGCUUCAGAUCAUUCAACCAAAUGAAAAAAAUUCGAAAAAGUACAAGUUCGACAAGAUAUUACCAAUUGAUUCAUCCAAUAAAGAGGUUUAUGACUCAAUUGGUCGCCCUUUACUUGAAGGUGUUAUAAUGGGUUACAACGCUGCAUUGUUUGCAUAUGGUCAAACUGGGAGCGGAAAAACUUAUACCCUAAUGUCUAAGGAUGGAUUUAUAGCUCACAUGGUUUGUGGUUUAUUCAAUAAAAUUAAAAGUGACACAUUCAAUGAGUACAAGGUGACAUUUUCAUAUUUUCAACUUUAUAAGGAACGCUUUUAUGAUUUGCUUAAUCCUGAACAGAAAACUCAUUCAAUUAGAGAAAACCCUCAAGAAGGAACUUACGUUGAAAACGUUUCACGAAUAAAAUGUGAGUCACCCAGCGAAGUUUAUGCGCUGCUGAAUUCAGGUCAUAAACAGUUGGCCUUUGCUGCAAAAAAGAAAAAAAGACAACCAAACAGAUCUCACGUUCUUUGUCAGUUUUUCAUCGAAAGAAAAAAGAAAAACGUUAACUUUACAAAAGAAUACCCAGAAUUCCCGAUAGAAAGCAGUUCUCCUAGAUUUUCUUUUGAACAUGAAGCAGACUCUCAUUUAAACGUUGAGCAUAUUCCUCACAAAAAUCCAAAUUUGAAAAAACGUCAUAGUAUAGCUGUUUCACAACCAACAAAGGGUCCUCGAAGUACGAACAAAUCUCUGCGUCCAAAAAGUGAUCUAACUUUUUUACAAAAUGACAUUAAUCUCAACACAUUUUAUGACCCUCACAAAGCGAGAUUUUCUUUAUACGAUAAUCAUAAAUUGGAGCCAUCAUCUCUAAAAAGACAUAGUUUACAAAUAUCUGGUAAAAAAUUGAAUCGAUCUUUUUCAUCAGUUCAAAAUUCAUCCAAAAAUGACGUAAGAAAAAUAAAAGAUUCAGCUAAUAGUAUAAUGAAUGAAAAUGUCUUAAACAUUCGACGAUCCUCAAGAAUAGAUUCAUCAGAUUUGACUGAAAUUGAAAGUUUAAUGCUUUCUCAAGAAUCACUUUCUUCUAUGCAAAGUGCAGACAGCGUCUUGGACGAUUUGGAAUGGGAGUCUAAGUCAAGUCUUUCUGAUUUAUCUAAAAUUUCCUUUCAAUUCGGAAGUUCUGAAAUAAUUAAAGAACAAAAGGAAAAUUGUUGCAAUGAAUUUAAAAAUAAGAAAAAUUAUGUUGAUGAAGACAAUUAUUUCAAAUCCAAGUUGACAAUAGUUGAUUUAGCCGGUAGCGAUAGUCUAAAAGAAUCAGAAGAUGAAAAGUCAGCUGAAACUCAGAACAUUAACUUAUCGCUGCUUCAGCUAGGCAAUGUGAUAGCAGCUCUUGCCGAAGAUCAAAGAACGCAUAUUCCGUAUCGAAAUUCUGUUUUAACCAGGUUAUUGCAAGACAGUUUAGGAGGGAACUGCAAAACCAGUUUUGUGCUAUGUAUAUCUACUGCAUCUGAUGAUAUUAUUGAGACUAGACGCACAUUAGAAUUUGGGAAAAGAUUGCUCAAAGUUAAACUUCACCCACAAACAAAUGUUGAAGUGGAGUAUAAAAUGUUAUGUCAUGAAUUACAAGAAGAAAAUUUUAAAUUGGAAGAAGCUUUUAAGAAAGAAAAGGAGAAAAUGAGUCAACAUAUAAAUGAGCUACUUAAUAACAAAGCCGAAAAUGUUCAGAGUGAUUUAAAUAUUCCAGAGAUAAGAGUUGAAGAAAUCAAGAAUGACUAUAACCAUAAAUAUCAAAAAGUAAAGGAAAAGUUAAAAAAGGCACAACUUGAAAACAUUGAAUUAAAAAAUCAAAUUUUAGAAAGUAAAUUAAAUAAUUCCAAUAACUUACUAAAGGUAAUUGGGGAGGGUAUCGAUGAAAGUUUUGUGAAGAAUGCUAAUAUAAAUGAACCAUAUUUUUUAAAACUUCCGCUUCUAAAUGAAAUUGGAACAUCAACUGAACAAGUUGUAACACGAACUACAUCAACCGAACCAAUUACAUUGUGCCAUGCAUCAACUGAUCCAAUUUUCCUUCAUCAUAGUAUAACUAAUCAUACUGUAACUCGCGAUGCAUCGACUGAUGCUAAAAUUAUGUAUGAGGCGUCAUGCAACACUAAAAAAGUUGUUAUUUCUUCCUAUUAUACUACGGCAGAUGUUGGUACAAGUCCAUCAAAGCAUUUAAAAACAGCAGUUACACGCAAUGCGUCUACUGAUGCUACGCGUGUUAUGAGCAAUGCAUCUUGUAACACUAAUGAUGUUGUUGUUCGUUCUACUUACACUACGUCAGAUAUAGCCACAAGCCCGAUAAAGCAUUUAGAGGUAGAUAAUAAUGCAUCUCAAACAGUUUUGCCAAAAAUGUCAAGUAGCAAUACCAACAGUUUAGAUGGCGUCACAUCUAACAGUCGUUUAAUAUCAGAAGAUGAUGUAUUGUGUCGCUUGACAAAUUUUUUGUUAGCAGAAUUGAUAUCAAUGCAAUUAUUGUUUAGCAUGUCUGAUAUUCGGUUACAAAAUGGCCGCACACAAAGUUGUUCGGCCCGAAUUAGAAUAGACCAUAGACUAAAGUAUAGCAAAAUUACAUCGUCAGUUGACAAAAACGAUCUGUUAGAGAAAAAUGAAAUGAAUGAGAGUACAAAUGAAAAUAUAUCGAACAUAAAUGAUGAAUUACAUAGCACAUCUUUUUUGAAGUACUUAAAAAAUAGCAAGCGUCUAAGUUUUUUUAAAAACCCUGAUUUUUCAAACACUGAAUCACAGCCUAAUUUUGAAAAGAGAACUAGCCAAGUUGAAUCCAUCUUAGAAGGUAUAACCGAAUCAACAUGGCUACAUGACUUAGAUAAUUUAAAAAAUACCUCUUUUGACCGACUCAAAGAAAUAAGCAAUGAAAUAUUAUUGCAGAAAAGAAAUGUUGAUUUAGAAAUUACAAAGUUUGUUGAAGAAGUGUUUCAUGAUUCCAAAUUUGGCUCAAAAGAAGGUCGAGUAAGUAAACGAGAAGUUUAUUCAGAGCUCGUUAAUAAACUUACUCAAGACACCGUAAGCUCUUGUUGCACAAUAGAGCAGCUCGAACAAAUUCUUAAUCUAGUUCUAGUCGAUCACUCUCUUACUGGUUGCUUGUUGGCAUUAGCGCAACAUAAACAGAACAGAAAAAUGAGACGAUUAUCAAGUUUUAAAUCAACUCCAAAGCCACUAUUAGAUUCUAUUGUCGUUGAUGAAUGUUGUGGCUAUGAAAAUGUUUUCGAUUCACUUGAUGACGACGAAAGUUAUGGUAACGAUAUUGAUACUAAUACAGUUGAAGUCGGACAAUCAAGCCCAUCUUGCUCACCAAACAACUCUCCGCAUACAGUUGAAAAAGUGCAAAAGAAAAACUCUCGUUCUGAUAGUUUCAGUAAAGAAGAGACUUGUACUGACUUGGCUGCUGAAAGCCCUUCCCAGAAAAAAAAGGGUAUUCGACGUUUUUUUUGUAUGCCUUCAAAGUCAACUCGAUGGUCAAUGCAUAAUAAAAAGUUCUUAAAAAAGAAUAGAAUUGAAAACAAUCUACUCCUUGAUGGAAACGAUUUUAACUAGAAAUUAAAAAAAACAAGCUAACACGGAUAUGUAAAAAAUAGUAAUUUCUAUCUUUUUAAUUCAAAACGCUUAAGAAAUGUUUUAGAAACGUUGUUGACUUUUCUAGAAAAAAAUCUUGCUUAUCUUGGUUAUUUUACGUUUUAUUUUCAGGCGUUGUUGUCAGUGUCCGCGUUGGUAGUGUAGCUAGAUUAAGGGUAACAUCUUUUUUUAAAGCAAAAAUAGAUUAAACUUUUAUUGUGGAAACUAAAAUAAGAAAUGUAAAAAGAUUUUAAAAUUAAAUUGUUAUUUUAAUUUAUUUAAUUUAUUUUCAUUUAUUUGUAAAGAUUAUGUCGAAUUAAUAAACAUUACUGAUGAA